ACAACGUCGUCGCACCUAACAACAUCACAAACCAGGAGCGAGUUUUCGGGACUGAAAGUGAAGAGUGAAAGUUCUGAAGGAAAGUAAAGGUUUUCUGAGAAGAGCACAGGGAUGAAGUUCCCUGUUGAUUUCCUGGCUGAUGUUAGCCAGGCAGAGCUGGAACAGUCAGCCCACAGCUACAUGAACAACCUCCUCUACAGCAGCCCUGAUUCUCCUGAGCACCUCACCCUCUCUGACUCCACUCAGGUCACUAUAGACAUUUCCAGCGUGGGUUUCACCCCUCUGUAUGGAUCUAGUGAUAAACAGAAGGUCCUGGCCCUCUUCUCUCCCAGAGACCCAUUCACUGCAGUGGGUCUGUACUUGCUGGACCAGUGGUGGGCAGUGGACGAUAUUCUCAAGACAGCAGACCCUGCUCGAGAUGGGGCUGUGGAGGUGGAGACAGUAGGAGAGAGAAUAGUUUUAUACAUCCUUAAUCGUGUCAUCUAUAGAGCUAAGGAGAUGAGCUCUGAAGAGCUUCCCUUCCUCUGCCAUGGAGAAAAAGAUUAUGCAAAAAUCCUCUGGAAUGAUGGAGAGGCUGUUGGCUUCUAUUCAGUCAAACCCUCAGGCAGAUUAUGUAAUUCUUUUUCAACCAGAAGCUAUCAGCUCCCUGUGAUGGACUCCAUAUUUGUUAGAAAAUGUCAUCGUGGAAAAGGCUUUGGUCUUCAGAUGCUGGAAGACUUUGUGCUCAGUUUCAAAGAGGACUGUCUGGGGUUGAGGUACCCCCUCACAAAAUCCAUGUAUAAAGUGUGUGAGAAGUACCUGUGUCAGUACCCAGGAGACACAGAUCUGCUAUGGGAGGUGGAGAGCAUAGGUAUGCCCAACCAGAGGGCCAAUAUUGCCAGCAAGAUCCAGGCGAUGGAUUUGAAUGCAGUAUGCAAGAGUCUGUCAUUCACAGGAGAAUCACUUAUGAUUACUGAAGUGACUGAAAAGGAUGUGGAGAGGGAACCAGUGACCACACAAAUAAAAGACACAGAAUCUAUGGAAUACACAGUUGAAAUUGUGGAGGAAGUGACAGUAGUGAGAGCUCCCAAAGUUUCAGAGGCAGAGGAAGUGCCUGUUGCAGUUCUGGGAAGGGGUAGAGGCUCAAAACAAAUGAACAUCACCCAGAAGACUACAGAGGACAAAUCAAAAAAAGUUAUUAGAAUCGAGGAUAUUGAAGCAGAAACCCCCCGAGAGCAACAACUUAUUGUGCAUGGGAAAACAGCACUGUAUACGGUGUCUGAGUCGGCACAGACUGAGGAUAUGUUCAAUGUGACUGCUGAAGAAAAAAGAGAGGCUGUAGUUGAUACUGCAUCUGAAGAAGAAGCAGGUAUGAUGUUGGACAAACCAGCCACUGUCCCAGCCUCACAAGACUUAGAAGAAUUUAGUAUAACUGCACCAAUGACUGAGGAGCUACAAGUAGAAGAUGAUGCCACACAGGAUCUGAAAAACACCUCCCGUGACUCACAGAUAAUAGUUGAGAAUGUCGCAUCAGAAAUUGAGGAACCAGAAGAAGAGUGUCAGAAGGAAGACACUGAUGUAUCUGUGGUUGCUGAAGGAGUUGUAGAGGUAGACAAGGAAGCAGAAGCUCUGAAUAAAGUCUCUGCUGGAAAGUCAGAUGAAAGUGUUACACAACAUGAGUUAAGUCUAUCAACACACAAACCAUCAGAGGAUGGUGAUGCUGGACAAACAGGGAAAACUGUUGUAAGGGCGAUACAUCUUGUACAGAAUGAAACCCCCCGACAGAGAUCUCAACAUAGCAAGCCGCAGGACAAUGUGAUGAUGGAAACUACAGCCUGGGAUGGAGGGAGAGUUUUGAGAGGAAGAACUGUUAUGAGCACCCCCACGCCCAAACGAAAACAUACCAGACACAGCCUGAAAGUAUGUGAAGAAUUAGACAAAGAGUUUAAUGAAGUGGUAGAGAAGGAUCAAGUUUCUACAGCUGAAGUAGUGGAGGAGAUAUCUGUAAAUGAGAGAGAAGAAAAAGAAGAAAUUAACCCCACAAAAGAGGAUAUAGUUACUGUGGAAGAAUUACCUGAGGAAGAAAAGCAACAGAGCGAUGAUGAACGACUGACAAAUGAAGAGGAGACAGAGAAACAAGGAGAGCCUGGGGUGGAAAAUAGUGUAGUUAAGAAGAGUUCCACAGAGCUUCCAGAUACAGCAGAGACUGUACUUUCAGAGGAAAAUAAGUAUGAAAAAGUAACAGAUGAAUCUGAGAAAGAGGAAAAUGAUGAGGAGGUAGAUACAUCAGUGAUACAGGAUAAACGUGAGGAUUCUCAUGAUGACAUAAAUGAACCCCCUGUUGUACAGAGGAGAGCAGCAAGAGGCAGACAGAAAGUAAGUCCUAAACCUAAGCCCAAAAAACAAGGUAAAAGACAUCACAAACAAGAAGAGCCCACAAAUGAGGCAGACCUAAGAGCAGUAGGUUCUGCUGAGGAGAAAGCAGAUGAACAAGCAGCUGAAAGUAAACAGAUGGAAGAACACCACCAGGAGGAACAAGAGGGGACCGAUGACAAAACAGAGGAAGAGAUAUCUACCGAAAAUUUGACUGUUAUGACAGAAGGUACAAUUCCACAGACAGAGGAAGCAACAGAGGAUGUAAUACCUUCAAAUGAGGUGAAUGCAGAGGAGAGCAAGGAAGCACAGGACAAAGAAGAGACUGAGAGAGAGACAGAGACUGCAUCAGCAAUGGAAACAGAUCAGGAGGAAGAGGCAGUUGGGGUGAGUGGUGUGGCAGAUGACAUGAGGGAGCCCAACACUGUUGUUCCUGCUUCAGAAACAGUAAUAUGUGAUGAAGUUCAAGAUGAGGCAGUUGUACCAGUACUUGAGGAGCCUCAGGAAAAGGACACUGGCUCUGAAAUUCCCAAGCUACACAAAGCCACUGUCAUCUUAGUAGAUCUAAAAUCAACCUGCCAUCACCUUAGCAUGAAUGAGGCAGAAGAUAAAACAGUUGCUGCUCCAGAAAAGGAACAGGUGGGGCUGAUAGCAGCAGAAGAUAAGGAAGUCUCUAGUUGUGUUGCAGAGAAGCAAACAUCAGAGCCAAAAAUGCUAAUAUUGGAAGAGAAGGAUGGAGGGAAACAGGAGAACAUUACAGAAAAAUCUGUAGAUGCAACUGCAGAGGCAGAGACUGUCAAGAAGGAGGAGUUUGAAGAGGAUUAUUCCAAAAAAGAAAAGAAAAAAUCUGCCAGUGAGGAUGAGACAAAAAGUGAUGCAGGGGAAGCACCAGUCAUUGAAACCAGGGUUCUUAGAAGUGGAAGAAAGAUUGUUGAAGCAAGCUGUAAAUCCAGAGGGAGAAGCAACCAACACCAGGAAGAAGACACCAUAGACAUUAUUGAAAAGGAGGUGGAUGAAUUAGAAGCAGGCACUGUUGAGGGUGAAGGAGAGAUGGAAGCUGUGACAAAGAAUGUGCUCACAGUAAUAGUUCCGGUGCAGGAGGAAGAGUCUGCAGCUUUGGACAUAUGUGCAGAUACAGAGGCCGACAUUCCAGUAGGAGAUGAUACUGAAGAGAAUCUUCGACCAGCUGUGGUGGAUGAGGCAAUGAGCUUGGAAGAGGAAGAAGAACCAGUUGUUGAAACCAGAGGUCUAAGAAGUCUAACAAAGACAGGUACAGCUACAGCAACAUACAAAACACCAAGAAGUGGAAAGCAAGUGGAUGAACAAAAAGCAGAAAACAGUGAAGAUGAAGAAGUAGCAGUGACAACAAGAACACUAAGACAGGGGAGGAUAUCUAACUCUGCCACACCUAAAAGUAAAUCCAGAAGAACUUGUAAACAAAUCAGGGAAGAAGAGCAAAAGGAUGAAGAGGAAUCUAAAAGUGUAGAGGAAACAGCAGUGGGAGAACAAAUGGUAGUCAAUGAAGCUGUUGUAGAAAAGACAAAUGAAGAAAUAGAAGGAAAAAAUGAGGAUAUAGGAGAAAAGGCUAAGGAGGAAGCUGCUGCUGAAAGGGAGGAAAUUUUAGAGUCAGAGGUAGAUGUGCAGGAAGGGGAAGCUUUGGCAGAGGAAGGACAAAAUGUGGACGAGCAUUCAGAGGUCACUCUUGCAGAAAGGGAGGGUUCGGGUGAAGAAUACAAUGAACCAGUCAUGGAGAUUGAGGAAGCAGAACUACCACCAGUUGCUGUAACUAGAUCUUUGAGAAGUGGUGGAAAGACAUCCAAAGCACCAUCAAAAACCAGACCCAGAAGAAGCAAAAAGCAGGAAGAUGAAGAGAAGGAGGAGGGAGGGGCAUCUGACGAACAGAUUGCUGAUGGAAAUGAGUCUCCAGUAGAUACAAGUAUUCUGAGAAGGGGAAGGAAGUCUCUAAGUAGAGGCUCCAAACAGCUCCAGAAACUUGUCACUGUAGAUGUGCAAAAAGGAGUGUCAGAGGAAGGCACAAUGGCAGUGACUGAAGAGGAGGAGAACACAGCUGGUAUUACUACUGCUGCAGAUGAUUUAGUACAAGAGGGAGAGAUAAAUCCACCAUUAGCCAAACCUGACAUUGACUCAUCUGUACUUACACGUAGUGAAGAGGAGGCAAUACCUGCAACUGAUGAGCAACAGAGCAAGGAAAUGACAUCCCAGGUUUCUGAUCUCCAAAGAGUGACUGUGGUUUUAUUGGACCUGAAGAAAACCUAUCAUCAAAUCCAGGAUGAAACAGCAGCUGUUGAGGAGGGUGUUCCUGUAGAAAACACUGCUUUUGAGGAAAAAGAGGAGCAAAGGGGACAAACAAUGAAAGAGGAAGAAACAAUGGCAGAAGAACAUGUUCCUGUUUCUUCUGGGGAAAUAGGAAGAACUGAACUGGAGAAGGUGGUAUUGGAAGAGGAAGAGUUGGAGGAGAGCGUGAAAGAUGUAGUUACAACACAGGAAGAUACAGGGGAGAGCAGUGUUGAGGAGACAGAGACUAAAAAUGUUGAGGAGGAGGAGGAACCUAAAGUCACUGAGACCAGAAAAUGGAGAAGUACAAAACAUUCUGCCAAAGCUACACCAAAAUGCAAAUCAGCAAGAAGCAGAAAGAAGAUGGGUGAAGAGGAAAAGGAGGCAGCUUCAGAAAUGAGCGAAGAGGAACCAGUAGUUAAAGUCAGAGUUUUAAGGAGGGUAAGGAAGUCUAUACCUGUCACUCAAAGAUUUACUACAAGAGACCAAAAGCAACUCCAGAAAGAAGAAGGGGAGGGAGGAGAGAAAUCUACAGGAGUUGAGGAGAAAGAGGCAGAGGAAGAGGAAGAACAUAUUGAGGAACAUCAGAUGACUGAUCAGGAGAAGGGAGAAAGAACUGACAAAAAGGAUGCAACUCAACAAAUAGAAAAAAUAGAACCAGAAAUGGGCAUAGAGAAAGUGGAUACUAUGACAGAGGAAGUUGUCACACAACAAGAUGGUUCAGAGGAGGCACAGACUGGCAGUACUGAGACAGCUGCAGAUGGGAAUACAGAAUCUCCAGUUGGACAAAGUACUGAUGAGAGAAAAUGUUCAGAUGAUUUUGCACAGGAACCAGUUACAACACAAGAUACAGUGGAGGGGGAUCAGUCCAUCUCCACAUCUGAAGUGGCAGAAACUGCAGCUGGAGAAAGUGCACAAAAGACACCACUCACAGCAAAGGACAACAAGGAAAUAUUUGUCUCUGAGGAGGAAGAAGAUUCAGUUAUUGAAACAAGAAUCCUGAAAAUUGGGGAAAAGGCAGUGAGAACCAAACCACAAAGCAAAAACACAAAAAGACAAGAUGAAGAGCAAGAUGUGGAGACAACAGGAAAUGAAAGCACAGACAAAGAUGAACUAGCGGUAGAAACAAGAGUUCUGAGGAAAGGAAGAAGGUCUGCUCAUGGCACACCUAGACAUGAAUCCAAAAGACACCACACACAGUGUCAGCCAGAGGAAGAUCCAGAAGAGGUAACUACUCCAGCUGAAGGAGAGGAAGCUAAAGCUGAUGAGAAUGAAAGCAGCAGUGAUGACAAAAAAGAUGAGGAGGCUAUAGCUCAGAGAGAAGAAAAUACAGAGCCAGAAUAUGAUAUGGAAAUUGUAGAAACUGUGGCAGAGGAAUCAUGCACAGAGCAAGAGACAGUGGAAGGGGAACAGUCUGCUGUUUUACAGACAUAUGCAAAUGAACAGGGAAAAGGACGGGGAAGUGGUGAAGAGACCGCUAAUACAAAUAAGGGAAAUGUUACUGAUGUGGAGGAAGCAGCAGUUGUUGAAUCCAGAGUUCUCAGAAGUGUCAAGAAGACAGUAAAAGCCACACCAAGAUCCAAAACCACAAAAAGCCAGCAGCAGGAAAACGAAAAAGAGGGGAAAGAGGUGGAAAGGUGUGCUGAUACAGAUGAGCCACAAGAAACAAGAACUCUGAGGAAGGUGAGGAGUUCUGCUCCUGCCACACCUAGACAUAAAUCCAAAAGGAUUUGUACACAGUCUCAGCCAGAAAAAGAGGCAGAAGAAGUAACUUCUCCAGCCGAAGAGACUGAAGGAGAAGAGGGGCAGGAGUCAUUUGAGCAGAAAAUGGAGAAGGCUGAGGAAGAGGGGAAGUGUAUGGAAAUGGAGGUGGAGAAAAAGAAAGAUUUGGAAGAUGAACAAGUUGAGAAUUCAGCUGGAGGAGAAUCUGUUGUGGAAGAUGCAGGACAGAUGAAGGAUGUCUUGACAGAGGGAACAGCAGUGCCUGAAAAGGAAGACAACAGCAUGGGAGCUAUGGAUAAGACCAGAACUGACACAGUCCAGAUAUCAUCAGAUGCAGCAGAAGGGACAAACUCUGCUGAGGAAAAGGACAAGACUGGACAAGAGGCGGAUCCUCCAGCUGAGGAUAUUGCAAAGGAAAUGGUUGAGGAAAAAGCAGAUUUGAUCAACAACAGAGUACUAGAGCCAGCUCCUGAAGAAUCAGCAACAGAAGAAACUCAGUCACCAGAGGAGGAGUCCUCUGGUGAAAGUCAAGAAGAUAAAACUGUAGACUCCUCGGUAGUAGAAGGCAGAAAUCUGAAAAGGAUGAGGAAAACUGCAAACGGAGAACAGGACGAAACAGAGGAAAGAGGAAAAAGACCAAGAGUGGAUUACAGGGAAGACGAGGAGGAGGAUGGGGGAGGUGGGACUGAGGCGGCCGCUGACAAGGAGAACGAGGAUAAAGCAGAAUCAGAUGAAGAUCAAGACAAAAAGAAAGCUGAAUAUUUUGCUGAUGAACAGAGGGAGGAGCUACAGGAAAGCAAAAAAGAAGAAAACUUAGAGAAAGACAUGGGAGCUGUUGAGAGUAGUAGUGAAAAGGGGCCCACUCUCACUUUAGUAUUGAAUACAGAUGGAGAGGUAGAAGCAGCAGCUGUUAGUCAAGAGCAUGAGGAAGAUGAGCUGAAUAUUUUAGAGGAGGAGGUGGAGCCUAUAGUGAUUGGGAAGAGAGUUUUAAGAGGGAGGUCAGUUCCUUCAAUAAUAAUCACACCCCGAUCUAAACCCAGACAUCGCAGUGCUACAGUUCAAAAAGCAGAGGAGUCUGAUGAAGAAAAGAGCCCUCAGUCAGCUCGGAAAAGAAGUCUCCGAAAGAGAAAAAGUACUAAGGUAACAUCAACUCACAAAUCUGAGCGUCACAGCAGAGUUUAGGGUGAUCUGAAUCCUAUGAUUGACAUUUACACCAAAAUACAUUAAGUAGUGUACAAUUACAAAAUUGGGAAAAUGUGACAAAAUAAUAAGAUAAAAUAAAAUAAAAAAGUCUACUCUGCCAAAGUUACAGCUUCCAUUUAAAGUUUGUCUACAAUUAGAAAAUUUGUCAAAGUUUCCCCUUCACUGUGAACCUGACCCAGGGACUCUGUAUUGCACUGGGACAGACUAAAACGUGCCAUCAUGAUCAUUUACCUCUAUUAUCAUACAUACAAAUUUGAGUGGAAAAAAAACAAAUCUCAAAAUAUUGUCAGGAAGUUUUUAUGCUUGGCUCAGGUGGAAAACUUGACGCAUUGAUAAAAGCAAAAUACAACAAAUUGCAAAGGAAACAUCCAUCCAUCCAUUAUCCAUACUGCUUAUCUGUUAAAGGUCGCGGGAGGCUGGAGCCUAUCCCAACUGACAUUGGGCCAGUCCAUCACAGGGCCAACACAUAUAAACAAACAAACAUUCACACCUACAGGUAAUUUAGAGUCACCGAUUAACCAAACGUGCAUGUCUUUGGACUGUGGGAGGAAGCCGGAGUACCCGGAGAGAAUCCACACAGGCACAGGGAGAACAUGCAAACUGCACAGAAAAGCCCCAGGCUCGAACCCAGAACUUUCUUGCUGUGAGACAACAGUGCUAACCACUGCACCACUGUGCUGCAAAGGAAACAGCCUUAGCAAAUUAAUUCUACAUUCCUUAAAUUAACACAGAAAACAAACAAAAUUUUAUACAUCCAAUGUUUUCUCACCUUAUUCUCACCUUGACUGGUGCUAUUUUAAUUGCAUCAUCAUGUUGCACACUCUUCUGUUUUCAGUGGUUUAAUAUCACCUGACUCAGGAAUUAGCUCCACUAACUGGAUGGAAACAUUACUUAUUUGCAUUUCAUGAAUUUCUCAAAACUUUGGUUGAAGACCCCAGAUCUUCCACUAAAAGAAAAUAAAAUUCUGCGUCACCACCAUAUGCUGUUAAUCCUUAGAACAGUACGGCCAUGUUCAGACAGACAACAGCACAAUCAAAACAGUCAAAACAAUCCAUUCUCCCCCUCUCUAUAAGAUCCAGUGACAUACUAUGAGAGUAGCCCUUUGCAGUGGUGACAGAGAAGCUUUGGCAAAAAAAGUUCCUUAUUACCUCUCAGUCAUUGAGAUGGAGGGUAAAAUGAUUGCCAUGGUGAUACCUUCCCAGAAAUCCUGUCUCAUAGUAUUACCUGGCACUCCCACCCUGUCCUAAUCUUCUCCAGAACUGUUCUCAAAUAUUCAUUUUCAGUACUGGGAGACUUGCAGAGCUUCUGCAGUAGCUAAGAGAUCAGUUCUAUUUGACCUAUUUAAGGCAGCAGUAUUCCACAGAUGUAUAAUAAAACCAAAGCUACCAAAACCAAAGAAAAAGAUUUUAGAGCCACACAUGAUGGUCUAUUGUUUCUGCAACUUCAGACUUAUUAGUCUGAGAUUUUGAGUGUGUUGCCUUUUUCUGGUUUGUAUAUAAUUCAAUAUAUCAAAUUCAAUAUCAAUUGAAUUUUUGAUUUAAAACACCAAGUUUCAUUACAAAGAGUUCACUGCAGUCUGGUCACAAAUACACAUAUAUAUAUGAACAAGCCAUAAUCAGCAUUUUAAUAAGAAUUCUUACAAGUGGUGAACUGAUAUUUUUAUAAUUUAGAUAUAUUUUCCUAUAUUCUAUUAAAAUGUGAAUCUGGACAAAAAAUGUCCCAUACAGACUCAGCAGCCUACCAUGUGUACAAAAACUCCCCCAUCUGUAUAGAAUGUAGGAAGACACACAUUGGCAUGGUUGAACCACAAAUGGCUCCAACAGUCCAAAGAUAUGUAGAUUAGUUUAAUUUGCGACUCUAAAUUACUCAUAGGUGUGAAUGUGCAACCUGUAAAAGGUGUACCCUGCCUCUCACCCUCUGUCAGCAAGUCCUCCUCCACCCUCAAAGGAUAAGUGAUAUAGCUGAUGGAUGGAUGAAUAACAUAUUCUUGCUUUGCAACUCUCCACAGGACUCAGGUUGUAAUAUUAACAUUCUCUUUUUAUCUCAGUUUCUCUGAUUUUAUUUUAAGCAUCUCAUAUGUAUUACUUUUUUUAAAACUAACUUUGUGAACUAAGCAUUAUACCAUGUAGAGAGGACAAUUUUUUUCAAGUCAUCACAUAGCCAGUGUCAUCAGUCAUGUUUUAAUAAAGAGAUAUUAUCUAUUCCAAAUUAUUCCUUGUGUUAUCAAUGUCACUUUCAGUGUCCAUGUUGUGUCUAUUAUUUGGAACUUGGAAGCUAACAAUAAUUAAGCAGUAUGAUCUAAAGCUCUGAUCUUUUACAAAUGUAUUUUGUGCUUAAUAGCAGCCACCAUUUAGGUCAUAAGGCAAUAACCUUCAGUCAUUUAACGUCAUUAACUGCAUUUAUUUUUCCUCUCAUAAUGUUUUCUGUGGAGUAAUCUUUCUCUGUAAAGUUAUUUUUCCAUAAUCUGAGAUUCCUAUUUUUGUGGCAAAUAAAGAUUUCUGAAGAUAGUA